UUGAUUUUGAUUUUUUGUGUUUAUUUAUUUCUAAAUAUAUCAAAAAAGAAGAAGAAAUGAAUGGAGAAGAUCUGAAUUGUAUUUGUAUGUAGUGUUGAUGCUAGGUGUCAUUUCCUUUUUACUCUUUAUUCUUUUUUAUUUCUUUCUUCUUUUGUCUUGUGCUUUUUUUGUUUGUGUCUCUGCAUUCCGUUUUGAAUUCAACCAAAGGUUGUCUUUCUUCUACUGCACAACUUCAGCUACAACACACACACUACACUACACUAUACUCUUUCGUUCAAUUCUUUUCUAGGGUUUCAUUUCAACACUACUCUCUAUUCUCUACCAUUAUACAAUGUUCAACUUCUUAAUUAAUAAAGACGCUAGAAAGAUUCUCAAACGCAAAGAUAGCGAUGCUGGUGAAAAAGGAAGGGCUUUGGAAGACUUGAGAGCCUCUCUCUUUAAUCAAUUCCAUUUCUCCGACGUUGCAAAACGUCAACAGCGGCGUAUAUGUGGUCCAGCUACUGCACUUACCUUCAAUUUUGUGGUUGCAGUUGGUAUUAUAUUCGUAAACAAAAUGGUGCUUCAAACUGUUAAAUUCAAAUACCCUAUACUUCUCACACUAAUUCACUAUGUAGUGAGCUGGUUUUUAAUGGCAGUAUUAAAAGCGUUUUCUUUACUACCCGCGUCUCCUUCCUCAAAAUCAACUCCAAUGUCAACAUUAUUUACUCUUGGAUUUGUUAUGUCUCUAUCUACUGGCUUUGCUAAUGUUAGCUUGAAGUAUAAUAGCAUUGGUUUCUAUCAGAUGGCAAAGAUUGCAGUGACGCCAUCAAUAGUUUUUGCAGAAUUCAUAUUGUAUAGGAAGAAAGUAUCUUUGCCGAAGGUGUUAGCAUUGACAGUCGUAUCUAUUGGCGUAGCUGUGGCUACUGUGACUGAUCUGCAGUUUCAUUUAUUCGGUGCUUGUGUCGCACUUGCAUGGGUUGUACCCAGUGCUGUAAACAAGAUCCUCUGGUCUAGAUUGCAGCAGCAAGAAAACUGGACAGCCUUGUCGCUGAUGUGGAAAACAACACCUAUUACUUUGGUUUUCCUCGCGGCUAUGUUACCCUGCUUAGACCCUCCAGGUGUACUCUCCUUCGAUUGGAACUUAAGCAACACUUUGGUGAUUUUUGGAUCAGCCAUUCUUGGAUUCUUGCUGCAGUGGUCUGGUGCUUUAGCACUAGGUGCUACGUCUGCUGUAUCGCACGUUGUCCUCGGGCAGUUCAAGACAUGUGUCCUGCUUCUAGGAAACUAUUAUCUCUUCGGAUCUAAUCCUGGCAAAAUCAGUAUCGGAGGCGCGUUCACAGCCAUCGGCGGUAUGUCUGUUUACACUUACCUUAAUUUGAAUCAGCAAUCAAACAAGGCUUCUCCUCGACAGGCUUCCGUAUUACCCAAAUCAAAACUUGGCAAAGAAAAUGGAAGCACCCACGAUGAACAUUAUGGUGCAGAGUCUGUCUAACUCGCUGGGCCAAUCUACACUAUGAAGUGAUAUGACCCGUUAACCAAACCUUUUUUAUUUUUAUUUUCUUGUUUCUAGAUUCUCAUCUAACCAUUUUGAGGUGUUAGAGAGUGAUGUGUCAACUAUAAUAUAUAAUCAGAGACAAAAUAGACACUGUCUCAUGUAUCGAUUUUACAUGGCAGCUAGUGCGCUUUAGUUCAAAACUUGGAACACCAUCUGUAUAUAGGAGGUAGCAGCUGCAUUAUGUUGUAAUAGAAAACAAAAAUUUCUUUGUACCUUUUAUGGCUCUCAUCAUUUGCUGCAAUUUGUUAUGGAGCAUAUAUGGCUACCAUUUUUGAA